CCCUCAGCGGGAUCCCUAUCAUUUUCCGUGGAUGAUUUCUAUGUCAAUACGACAGUCGGCCGAAGAUUCCGGUGAUUGGAACUAUACCGUCCGAACGCGUUUACGGGUUCGAAUAAAUCACCCUUCUUCAGCAACCAAGUAGAUUUAAAUAAGGCCUGCUCUUGCUUACAGAGUCCAGACACACCACCAAAGGCUGCCAUUUCUUUUUCUUCUCCAAUAUUCGUUUCAGAGACCUGGUAAACCAGAGGUUCUCACUUUUUUUUUCCCACCUUUUCGACUUUGUUUACCUUUUCCUUAGUUUUAUGUUUUUUAUGUUUGUUCUCACUUGGGAGUUCUAUUUUUUUUUGUUGGAAUUCUUCAAUUUUGACGACCUUUGAGCUUUUCGUAGAAGUUUCCUGGUUUGUUUGAUGACUGACCGGUUCUGAGGUCCAAUAACUUUAGGGGCUUUUCUUCUAUUGAUGGAUUUCAUUUUGCAUCAACAAAGGUUCUGACUUCUUUUGGGUAUCCUUAUUUGUCUGUAUUUGUUCGACUAAUCUUACAGUUAGAUCAUUUGUGCAAUUUAUUAACAUCUUUCCAUAGAUAGGAAUCGGCAACUGCUAGUGACGAAGAACUCUCGAGAGUUGGUGAGAACUGCUUCCGUUAUUUGAUCCGUUUCUCUGUUGGUGCUGAUGCAUUCGAGAUUCGAUUUUGUUAUCUGUGUCAAGUCCAGAGCAAAACAGUUCAUAUUUUCACUCAGGUUGUGACGAUCAGAUCUCCCAUGUUUUGUGUUAACAGGUUCAGUGGGAUUAGAUCUUGGUGUUGAAAGUUGGGUGUUUAGAAAGAAAUCAGUUUAAGGCUACAUGGGGAAUACUUGUGUCGGACCGAGCAUGGCUAGUAAUGGUCUCGUCCAAUCAGUUUAUGCCGCAAUGUGGCGGACACGGACGCCUGAUGACUCGGUUUCUUCUCAUACCAAUGGAGAAACAAUCAAUGAGCAAACACAUAAUCAGCCCGGAUCGCCUCUGCCGGUCCAAAACAAACCCCCAGAACAAGUGAAAAUGCCAAAACCAGAAACUAAAUCCGAACCAGUACAACCCUCAAAAGGCAAGAAGAACCCUUAUAUGAAGAGGGUGGCUAGUGCAGGGCUUCGUGCCGAGGUGUUAAAUACGAAAACUGGAAAUCUUAAGGAUUUUUUCAGUCUGGGGAAGAAACUAGGACAAGGGCAAUUCGGGACAACGUUUCUAUGUGUGGAGCAGGCAACGGGGGAAGAAUAUGCAUGCAAAUCUAUUGCAAAGAGGAAGUUGAUAACAGACGAAGAUAUUGAGGAUGUGAGAAGGGAAAUUCAGAUAAUGCACCAUCUGAAGGGGCAUCCAAACGUUAUAUCUAUUAAAGGAGCUUAUGAAGAUAAAAUGGCGGUUCAUGUUGUGAUGGAACUAUGUGCAGGAGGCGAGCUUUUCGAUAGGAUUAUUAAGCGUGGGCACUAUACAGAAAGAAAGGCAGCUGCACUUACUAGAACUAUAGUUGGGGUUGUAGAAGCUUGUCAUUCACUGGGAGUAAUGCAUCGGGACCUUAAGCCUGAGAAUUUUCUCUUUGUCAACAAUCAGGAGGAUUCACUUCUCCAAACCAUCGACUUUGGCCUAUCAAUAUUCUUCAAACCAGGUGAAGAAUUUUCUGAUGUGGUUGGCAGCCCAUAUUAUGUUGCACCGGAAGUUCUGCGAAAACGUUAUGGUCCAGAAGCAGAUGUUUGGAGUGCUGGAGUGAUUCUUUACAUUCUAUUGUGUGGAGUGCCUCCCUUUUGGGCUGAAUCUGAGCAAGGGAUAUUCGAACAGGUCCUGCAUGGCGAUCUUGACUUCUCAUCUGACCCAUGGCCUAGUAUCUCCGACAGUGCAAAGGAUUUAGUGAAGAGAAUGCUUGUUCGAGAUCCUAAAAGGCGUCUAACUGCACAUGAAGUUUUGUGUCACCCCUGGGUUCAAGUUGAUGGAGUUGCUCCUGACAAGCCUCUUGAUUCUGCAGUUUUAAGUCGCUUGAAGCAAUUUUCUGCCAUGAACAAGCUCAAGAAAUUGGCUCUUAGAGUCAUUGCAGAGAGCUUAUCUGAAGAAGAGAUAGCUGGUCUAAAAGAGAUGUUUAAGAUGAUAGAUGCGGAUAAUAGUGGUCAAAUCACUUUUGAAGAACUUAAGGCUGGUAUGAAAAGAGUAGGAGCUAAUCUUAAGGAGUCUGAAAUUUAUGAUCUAAUGCAAGCGGCAGAUAUAGAUAACAGUGGAACCAUUGAUUACGGGGAGUUCAUUGCUGCAACAUUGCAUCUGAACAAAAUCGAGAGAGAAGAUCAUCUAUUUGCAGCUUUUUCGUACUUUGAUAAGGAUGGAAGUGGUUAUAUUACGCCUGAUGAGCUUCAAAAAGCUUGUGAGGAGUUUGGCAUUGGAGAUGUUCGCCUGGAAGAAAUUAUCCAAGAAGUUGAUCAGGACAAUGAUGGACGCAUAGAUUACAAUGAGUUUGUGGCCAUGAUGCAAACAGGAAAUGGUGGUAAGAGGGGCAUGGAAAAUAGUUUCAGCAUUGGGCUUAAAGAAGCUUUAAGACUAUAGUUGCAUAAGAAAGGGGGUGAGAUUCUUGAUUCUUUCUCCUCUGUUUCAAUCUCUCAAGGAGCAAAGAUUGUAUAGCAGGAGCAUGGGUGCUCAUCUAAGAAUCACCCUGCCCUUUUUAUAUCCCCCCAAAAAAUUGAUUAAAUUUAUUCAGAUUUUCAUGUACUGUGUGAGUUGCAGCUACUCCAAUCCUUUAAUUGUAUUGCAUUCCAUGCUGCUGGGGAAAAUAACUUGUAGUAUUAUCUUUUCUCUGAUAUUAUGAAUCUAACAUGUUGGAAACUUUUUAUCUUCU